UUGCUCCCAACCGAGUGCACCAAAAAGGUCUGUAAGAAAAAACGAAUUCCGGUUGCGCCAACCGGAGCUCCUCUGCCGCCGUUUUCGGUUGUUGGGCUGCAAUUGGCUCGUCACUUUAGGACGAGAAGGACAGCGUGCGCGACGACUAUAAGACCAGCAGCGUUCCUUACUGACCAUUCCAUUUCAUCUCCGGCUGGCCACGCACCUUCCAGCUAUCCAGUGAUGGUUUAGUCUCUGCCGUUCUCAAAGUCUGUUGGUCUCUAAAGCUUCCAAUCUUGGCCAUCCCCCCUUCCCCCGAAAAAACACAAGAAAAGUGUCCAUUCAAAUCGUCCGUGACGCCCUUUAAAAAAAAAAAGAAAUAACCAAAGCGCAAUAAAACAAAACAAAAAACAGAAAAGAAAAUAACAAUAAAAAGGAAAAGUUUUAAAACAAAAAAGUGCGAGUGGAAUUGGGCGAGACAUCGUGGCGGAUGCGCACCAUGAUUGGCCAAACAAGAUUACAGUGGAUCAUCCUUGGAUUAGUGAUGAGCCUCGUCGGUUUGGAGCCGCAGCCUCAACGCUAUUCGCAACCAUCAUGGAACGUACCAGCGCACCCUAACGGGAUCCCUCAUCCACUGCAUCGACCGCCAUCUCCUGGAAAGCAACAGGGUGCGUUCCAGCAGACGAGAAACCACGUGACACGUCAAGACAGCGACCACUGCGCAAUCAACAUUCCUGGACGCAAUGGGAGAACUUCGUGCGUGACGUACGAGUCCGUGAAUGUGGCUUUCAACUCGGCCAAGCAGCGGAUGAACUUAGCCGGACCCAAAGGCCGUUCCAUGACCGACAUUGAUGUCGACCACUUGGGUCAAUUGUUGGUGGAGACGAGCCGCAGUUUGGCUACAGAGUACAACCUAAACGCUGACGCCAUCCAUAACGCCCUGCCUUUAAUCGACACUCAACGGACCGUUAUCGACGGCUUCUGUCCGGCUUACCUGAAGAGACCGAAAUGCACCAUCAAACGCUACAGAGAGUACAACGGCAUGUGCAACAAUCUGGAUCACCCGCAUUGGGGCGCCACUCUGUCCUCCUACCGACGUCUAUUGCCGGCCGAUUACGCAGACGGAAUUAGCGAGCCGAGGAUCUCAGCGACGGGCAAAGAGCUACCGACGGCCCGCUACGUUUCAGCCCUUAAUCAUCGCGAUUACGGAUUCCACGAUCACGCAGUCACCGUCUACCUGCCGGCAUGGGGUCAGCUGAUGGACCACGAUAUGACGCUCGGCGCAGAGAGUAAAGAACCAGAGACGGAUGCUGAGCCAAAAUGCUGCGACAAAGCACCCGGCCAACGCCACCAGGCCUGUUGGCCCAUUGAAAUCCCGAACGAUGACCCUUUCUACUCGAAUUUCGGACGCCGUUGUAUGGAAUUUGUCCGAUCGGCCACUGGACUCUCGGAAAAUUGCAAAUUAGGUCCUCGCAACACGAUGAACAUUAUUACGAGCACGUUGGAUGCGAAUUUUAUUUACGGAUCGUCCAAGGAAACGGCGGACAAGUUGCGUCGAUUUCAGGGCGGACUCCUCAAAAGCAACUCGGCUAACCAUCACCUCGGUCUCAAAGACUUGCUGCCGCCGAAAUUGGAGAGUCCCGACGCCGGAUGCGUCCGCCCAAACAGAGACUCUUAUUGUUUCCUUGCCGGAGACAGUCGAGCCAAUCAGCAAGUGAUGCUCAUCGCCCUUCAUACGAUCAUGAUGCGCGAACACAACCGCAUCGCCGUCGAAUUGGGAUACAUCAAUCCCCAUUGGAACGAUGAGAGAAUCUAUCAGGAAACGCGUCACAUCAUGGCGGCCAUCGUGCAACACAUCACGUACAACGAAUUCUUGCCCAUGGUGCUGGGCAAGGACAUCAUGAAUCGUUACGGCCUGCUCCUCAGCAAACAAGGUAUGGGCUCUUUCUACGACCCUGCGGUGGACCCAACGAUUCCCGUGUCCUUCUUCGCGGCCGCUUAUCGCUUCGGCCAUUCGCUGAUCCCGUCAACCAUCGAACGGUGGAGCGUCACUCAUCAGUACGUGGGAGCCAGGCGGCUGAGCGAAAUGCUUUUGAAUCCGUUCGACAUGUACGGACCAGGAACGUGUGACCAAUACCUCGCCGGUUUCAUGAACCAAGUCUCGCAGGCUGUAGACGAUUCCGUCACAGAAGAGUUGACGAACCACUUGUUCCAAGAAGGCCAAAACCGAUGGGGCGCCGAUUUGGCUUCGCUCAAUAUGCAAAGAGGCAGAGAUCACGGUGUGCCGUCCUACAACGCCUACCGACGCUAUUGCGGUCUCUCGCCCGCUCGGCACUGGCACGAUCUGGCCGACGUGUUCACCAACGACACGCUACGUCGCUACAUCACCACCUACGAUACGCCAGACGACAUAGAUCUGUGGACGGCCGGCAUCUCGGAACGUCCUUCGCCGGGCAGCAUGGUUGGGCCCGUCUUCGGCUGCAUCAUAGGCGAAUCGUUUCGAAACUUGCGCUACGGCGACCGAUUUUGGUACGAAAACGGCGGUUGGCCCAGUUCGUUCAAACAAGCUCAAUUGCAAGAGAUCCGAAAAGUGAAACUGUCCCGCAUCGUGUGCGACAACAGCGACAACAUCGAGAGCGCUCAAGUCUACGUCAUGGUCUUGCCGGACCCCAAAGUGAAUCCGCGUGUCCCUUGCAGGAGCUCCGUUCUUCCUCGCAUCAAUUUGGAACAUUGGCGAGACGCGGGCGAACAGUCACCAACGUACAACCACAACGACGGUGGACAUGGUGAAAUCGACGAACCCGUUGUGCCCACUCACCCCUACGAAACCGAGCAGCUUUUUGAAGUUCCACCUGCUUUCCAGCAGCUACAAGACGAAGCCUUGUCAUUCGACGAACCCAAUUAUCCACCAGAUCCCAAUCAUCAAAGCCAUCCUCAAUCCCAACCAGAAGUCUAUCAUCCACAACCUCAUCCACAACCUCAUCCACAACCUCAUCCACCUCCUCCUCCUCCUCCUCUUCCUCCAAUUCCCGCCAUCUUCCCCGUCUCUGGCACAGGUGGCGUCCUUUAUCUUCCCGGCCAUCCUCAGCAGCAAGGCGGCAACUACGGCCGUCCUCCGCCGCCGCCGCCGCCGGGCUAUCAUCACGUGCGCCGUCCUCCACGAACCCGCGUCAAAUCCCACAUUUUAGGCAAAUUACUCAAGCUGAAAGGUUGAUCUAUUAUUGCCUGAUGUGCAACAUGAUUCCGAAAAAAAAAAAAAAAAGGCCAAAAACCCGAAGACACGAUGAUGAUGGACGCGCGUGAAGAAAAAGAGUGGAACAACGAAACCAGGCUGCGGAGAAAUUCGAAUUUAAAAAAACGAGGAGAAGAAAAAGAAAAAAAGAAAAGCGACGAGACUAACUGACUAGACAACUAAAAAAAAUUUUUUUCAUCGUGAUUUCGUGAUUUUUUUUUUAAAAGGAAAGAAGAUUAUAUCCGGUGUGUAAAAUAAAACAUUGAAAAAACAAAACAAAAGAUUGUGGCUUGAUUGACCAGUCAUCGCUUUAACGGGUAACGGGUAGACAACAACAAAUAGGAAAAUGAGGCUAAAACAGAAAUUGAGGAGCUUCGUCCUACUACUAGUUCCGGACAACAACAACAACAACAAAAAAGUGCCUUCAUAAUUUAUAAAUCGAUCAGCAACUGAAUCAUCCCGCUUUUUUGCGUUCCACCUUGUUCUUUAACGAUUGGUUCUUCUUCUUCAGCGAAAUGCUGGCGGCGUCCAAUUAUCUUCAUUAUUCUUUUGCCAAUAAAUCAUAUCUGCCCUAUA